AUGGUGGUGGUGCUGCUGGCCGUGGUGGCCGUCGUGCUGCGGCGAGGCCAUGAAGGUGAGGAUGCUGCUGCUGCUGCUCGCCGGGCGGCCGGAGAGCAGCGCGGUCGGCGGAGGCAAUCCGGGCUUGCUGCGAGGCGGGCAGCAGCUCACUCCGGUCGGCUGGGUGGCGGUGGGAGGGGAGUGGUCGCGCUGGAGGUGGUGGUGAAUGCCGCGCGAUGUUUGAUUGCGGUGCAGGGAGAGGUGAGAAAAGACAGACCGGCGGCAGACUCUCAAGUCAAUCAGAUCUCCAGCCACGUGUGUGCCAGCCACUGCGCAUCAGCAGCCGUUGAAAAGUCUAUUUCUUCGUCGAGCACCGAGAGCCAGAUGACGCCUUGGAAGUAUAUCAAUCAAUCGUCCAUCCGUCCACCAUCGCGCGAUCCGCCGCUGCUAUCCUCCGGCGCUGAUAAGUCAAUUGUCUCAAGCAAGGAAGUCCAGCCCUCCAUCCAAUUCUCGCCGCCCAAAGAUUGCCGCCAGCACCGACGUCGUGGGUUGCAUCAAUCAAAUCUCAAUCAAUCUCACCCUGCAAAUCAAUCUCAACCUGCAGCCGCGCCGUGCGUACUGUAA